UUUUAGUAUCGAAAUAAAAGUUUCAACACACAUUGAUGAGGAAGUCAAAACUGCAACAAAAAAUUUUUCAUGGGUCCAAAAGAAGGAUGUUCAUUUUUUAAGAGUCCAAGAAGAGUUCCGCAAAGAAAGCUACCUGCUUGGUUAAGUGAUUCUGCAAAAAAGAAGUCAUCCCCAGGCCACCAUAAAACACGGUUAAAGAAAAAAGAUGUUCAAGAUAAUCCCAUCAAGCGAACCAUAUAUUGUAUGUCACCUGAAGAAUUUUUUGCGUAUGCGAAAAAACUUGAUAGUAGUGCGAAUCAACAGUCACCUAAUAAAAUCAGUAUGAAUGAAAAAAAUCAUAACGAAAGAACAACGCGUCCUUGUGAGGCAAUUACACGAAGCACUGACAACAGAGAAAUCAACGUUAUCGCUGGCGAAACAGACGACGUGCCGUCAUUAUCAUUAAACCACGCUGUCCAGUCGCGAUCUAUCGUGUCCGAUAUUGUCGUAGAAGAAACAAAAUCUGUAAUACCUGAAACACAGCCUGCAAACGAUUUCAACUCAAUUAUUGAUGAUUUAAUAUAGAAAGUGAAAAACAAUUAUUUUGAUUCUCACGAUACCGAGACAUUUAGUUGCGUACUGAAGUGUAUGUUCUCUGGACUUGUUUGAUGGACAUAGAAUUUUGGAUUGUCAUGUUGAACACUGGAGUAGAAAGAACAAUUUUUCUGCUGUGAGCAAUACUUUUUUGCUUUUAUAGAUUAAAAAGUACCAAUGAUAUCUUAA